CUUACCGGGCGAGUCUACUACGAUGUGGGAGGUUCCUACGAGCGAUACUUCGAAGGCAAGUCAUGGACAAACAACGCUAGGGACAUCUACGAAGAUUCGAGAGCUCAAUAUGCGGAGGGUAGCUGGAGCGGGUGGCCAGAACCUUCACUCCAAGGUCUUUUGUUUGAGUGGUUCAUGAAGUUUCAGGACACGCACGACUGGUCCAAUGUACUUGUCAUUGGAGAACACAAACAGAAUCCUGAUGAGGAUCGAUCUGCAAAAACACUGGUGCAGUUGGCAGGGUAUGUACGCGAAGUGUUUGGAAGUCAACCGGAGCGGCGAUUCGUGCCUGGGUUUACGAUCUGCGGAAGUAUGAUGCGGCUCUGGGUAUUCGACAGAUCUGGACCGUACAACUCCGAGAAGUUCGAUAUUCACAAAGAGCCGGAGCGAUUUGUCACAACGCUGGCGCAACAAUAG